CCCUCGAAGAAUUAUCGGAAAAGAUCCAAGUUAAAGAGGAUAUCAAAUCAAAUAAAAUGCCCAGUGGAUCACGUAGUCGUCGAAACAAGAGGAAGCGUCAGCGGAGACAAGCUCAGAACUGGAAGGAAACUGGUCGCAAAAAUGAUGAGCGAGACUCUGCUCAAACGAGUGAGAACGACGAGGCUGAAAACACCGACGAUGCCGAGUUGACGAUAACGACCGAGCAAAAAUCAACUAAUGACGAAUUUCCUAUCGCUGAAAAUCUGUCGUUUGGUCGAGGAAGGAUGCUGCGCGAAAAAAAUCGCUGUAAAAUUGAAAAAAAAACCUUGGACACCAAUACUCAGAUUUGUGAAAUAACAAGCCUCGUUCGCAGUGAGCCCUUGGAAGCCAAACUCGAUCAUAUCGCUGGUGUGGGGAUCAUCGAGUCUUCUCGUGCACCAGACGAAAACGUGAGCGUCUCGGAGCCCAUCGAGCCAUGCGCUCCUCUGCCCGAGAGCAUCAUCAAAAGAGUCGAAAAUCUGCCGAGUAGCAGUAGCAACAUGGCUGUGUCUAUUCGCGACCGCGUCGAAAUUCGCGAAGUGACAGAGAGCGAGGCAGACGAGGCACUGGUUGGAUCUUGCAGAAAAGACGAAGCUAUCGUGGUCGAAGCAGAAUCAGAUUUGGAGAGAGAAUCGAGCUUAGAAGAACAAUUAAGUCACGAAGAAGAAAGAGCGGGGACAGCAACAGCAGCAUCGGCGACAACGUCGAAAACGGCGGCAGCGGCAACGGCGACGGCAAUGACGUCAGGCGAGAACGACGAUAUAAUGUCGUGGGAGAUGGAGAAACAAUUGCGCAACUUUAUCGAAACUUUGAGACUGCCCGGUGCGCUGCCGCCAACUGCGCUCUAUAGUGCCAAGUUUCCCGAGAGCGACGUAAAUUCCAGAAGCUGCUUGGCGCGUGGGCAAAGUAAAUCUUAUUUGCGAAAACGUGCCGAUGCUGCCGCUGCGGGUUCGUCGCUUCAGUCACAAGUCAGCCUAGAGUCGUGCAGAAGCUUGGAUAUUAUUCAGGAGGAGGCUACGCUAGAUACCGAUAACAGGCACAUAAGGGACUUUAUUAACGAGCAGAUCAGCAAGAGCCGCAGAGAGCCAAGAGGCGAGCUUGCAGGCAGAAAUUGGGUUUCUAGCGCGAUGAGCGGCCAACAAGACGUCGGGCAAGAAAAUAAACAGAAAAAUUGUGAUACAGUGGGUGAAGACGACGUUGACUGUUGCAUAGCAAGCCCAGCCAGCGACGUCGUGGAGAAAAAUCAACAACUUAUCUGUGAUAAUGUAGUUUGUAGCGAACCUAAAUUAGCCGUACCUUUAGAGACUAGUUGUCCAAAUAAACAGGGUGAUGAGUGCGUGAUAUAUACAAGUGAAUCUAGUCGUGAAAUACAGAGCGUCGAUGACCUAAUAUACGAAAACAAAAGUGAGCGCGACGCUAAAAUAAACGGGCGCCCGAGUAGUUUUACUGAAAAUAAUUCAAAUGAUCUCAAAAGCAGCUAUACGCAAAGACACGACAGUGUGAGUUCGGAAAAUGAGUCGGAAUUUCAUUAUUCCGAGGAGAGCGAAGAUAAUUGUCGAUUGAUCAUAACCGACAUAAAGGACGAGGAUGUCGACGAUUUUUUCGCCGCCAAGCCGACGAGAAUAAAAAAGCGUCGAAAGAAAAAGUCCGACAUCGACGAGCCUUUCGUUGGUAAUAAUUUACACGAUUUUUUCGCGAGACACGGCUUGGAGAGGAGCAAUUCAAUAAACUUGGAAACCAUCACUGAAAACAUAACAACGUCCUUCGACAGCGAUGAAAAUGAAAACAAAGAUCCCGAGUCGCAACAAAUGCCAUUCGAACGGCAAAAACCGUGCACGCGCGAAGUGCCGUUUUUCGAAACUUUAUUCUUCGAAAACAUGCACGAUCCAUCGGGGCCGGCUAGUAAUAUCGUUUUCAUUCAGGAGAUGGGCCCAGCGGACUUUCCAUUCUAUCCGGGCCCUCUGCCAGCCGAGUACUCGAGGUAUCACGAUCAGCCGCUCGCCGAGUCGGGCGGCGACGAGCAAGAAGCCGUAGAGUCGCUCGUGCGGCUACUCUUGGCCGCCGUAUCUAAAAACGACGACAUACGACACGAGGUUCAAAAUAAACUAUCGCUCUGCGACCUUGAGAAAUUACCAGCGAGCAUUCGGCUAGCAGCGAGCGAACUAAUGGAACCCCGAGCGGUCGUUAGUGAAAAAUCGAGUGGCGAAGGAUUGCGCAACAAUGCCACAGUCGAUGAGCCGCAACGGGCCAAUAGCGCACUUGGCAUUGACGAGAUAACGACUGCUGAAAUAGCUCCGAUUGGCCGAUCGAGCGCCGAUAAGGACGGAGUUGCAUCGAUGAGCUUUUCGGAUUAUAUCGAUGAUCCCCUACUCUCGCCCUCGCUCAUAAGCUCGAUCGACAAGCGGCAGCGCGAGAAAAAUGCCUUUGAAUUUCCCGCGCGAGACUCGUCGGCGGAUAGUGCCUCGAAACAACAGCAAAACUCGACCGUAGAUUGCAAAAAUUACGAGCUUUCUCCGUCCGCAGUGGGUAUACCGACGAAAAAUUCGCCCGAUGCGAAAUUUGGAAAGGAGCCAAGAAACGAGGAAAUGUCGCCUCUGACGCCAGAGGUAGUUUCAAAGGCAGCGGACUCGCAAGUAGAGCCAAUACCGGCCGGUGACUAUCUGCACUACGUACAUCCAAGUCCGACUAAAUUUAGCCCUGAUUUUAAUUCGCAUAGUACAGUGGACCAACGGCAGCGGCAUCAGCAGCAGCCUUUGCCCCAUUCACUGAGAGACCUAUGCAUAGAGAAGAUCAUGUCACUGCCUGCUGGUGAACAAAUCAUCGGUCUCAUGGAAACGCCCGAGCACAACGUGUUUCGCGAUCUAGACGUUAUGCCAGAUUCUCUUAGGGUCAAGGACUAUGAUUUUUCUCCCAUGUCCGUAGACGCUGUUAACAGGGGAAAGAUUACACGAAAACAUUCGCAAGAGAGAUUCCAGCCGCUCCCGGUCAAGCACGAGAAUUCCUACAUCCAUCGACAAAAAAAUAAGCCUUGGACAGGUGUACCUACGAUGGAGGAUCCGAGCGUACUGUUGUGCUUGUCACCGUCGCAACAAGCAUCAGAGAUGAAGACUUCCGCGGACAAUCUUCUCGAUCUGCAUUCUAAAUUUGUGAAUCGGCGCAAGUACCACGACGACGAGCCCAAGCCUCGUCCUCUAGCCUCUUACUUCGUCGAUGUGACUCCCAUUGAAAUGUCACAAGAAGCUCCGGAACCUCGAAUUAAAUCUGACUCGAGUCGUUUACUGAAUAUCAUUAAACAAAAUCCCAUUCGUCCGAAAAGCGAACCCAAUGGUUUCGCACCCCUUGACAUUUUACAAACUCAGCAAGAGGUCCCUAUCAAUUUUGAUGAAUUGCAACGGUUGAGAGCUGAAAGACUAAAUACUUGGUUUUACAAUAUGAACAAUUCCAUAAUUCCUCAUAGUUAUAAUGUCCGAACAGAAAAUGCAAAUGUAUCGUUGGAAUGCGAUGAUCAUUUUGCCCCUCAAAGAACUUCAACGCCGUCGCUGGAAAGUAAAAUACAGCCUCAUCAUUUUAAGGCACACGAACCUGGUUAUAUUAAUCCUGCUCUUAUUAUAAAAGAUGAGUCAGAAGUAAUGAGCAGCAAAGGAGCCGAACUUGAAUUGAUUGAUAAUUGUCACGAUGUAAAUGAAGAAUUGGACGAUGUCAAUGAUGUGGUUCCGAAAAAUCUCGAAAAUCCUGACGUUCUCAAGCAAAUGACCACAAAAGAAAUAAUGGCUAGUUUGAAGGAGCUUCAAGAUAAUAUGAAAAUUAACAAAAAAAAUCAUAAAAGAUACUCCUUGCCCGAAGAAUAUUUCGAAGAACAAUUGAAAUACAUCGAAAAUUUGGAGAAUAAAUUGCAAGAACUAAUCAUCGCUGAAGAGGAAAAUAAGUCACUCGAAAAAUUCGUGAAACAUGCAAAAAUGAAAAAAGAAAAAUCAAAGAGUAAGCGUAAACCUUACACAAUUCUAGAAGUUAGUUUUUUGAAUAAGCCUCCGACUAAAGAGAUUUCAAAGCAAGAUGAAACGAAAGAAGAAUCGGAAGUCAAGAGAGACGAUAAAUACAUAAUCGAAAGCCAAGUAAAUUCGAAGAGAAGCAGGCCAGAUGCAACAGUCAAUUCAAAAAAGGUAGAGAUAAAGGAGGAAUGUCGCAAGAGCAUCGCGGUCGAUAACGACUCCUCGGAAGACGGCAAACUGAAAAAGUUCCUGCGAGAUCUGCACGAUCCGAGCCUCGACGAUCCUCCGUCGGAAUCAGUGAAAAGUGCGCCCAGCAAGCAGCAGAGCAUUCCGAUGCCUCAACGGCCUUACUCGAUCGCGGUCAUCCCCAACGGAGAGGUGUUCCGCCAGCAGAUGUACAACGAGUACGUGCACAAAGUCAUGGAGCGCGAGGUGCGGAAGCAGCGCCGCGUCAUAAAGAUCACCGGCCACAGGUCGGAGCGCGCGAAAUUACGCGCCGACGAUCUCAAUAAGGUGGAGCAGGAAUUCAUCGAGAAGGCCAAGAGUCGGAUGCAUCGAUACGGCAUCAAGCUGGACGACAGCGACUCGGAGGGCGCCGAUAGCGUCGCGUCGGCCAAUCCCGGCGUGCUGCUCGACGGCCAAACAAUCAGGAAUGCCAAGAUUCUGCCGAAACACUUGCAAGAAUUCCUCGAGAUCUCGGCUAAAGACGAGCAAGUCAAAUUGGAAAACGAAAUCAUUGCCCCAACGUUCAAAGCGUUGUCGGCAAAACCAGGAGUUUGGUCACCGGGAAGUAGUACGUCAAAGCCGCUGCGACAGUCGAGUCCGGAGCGCAGCCACAAAAGCGAAAAAGAUGAUCCGAUCCCGUCGGUUUGGACGCCAUCGAAUGCCAAUCCUAGUCCUGUGCCCGAAAGAAAGGAGUUCCGUCCUGUGCAGUUCGAGAGCCCAGUGCUAAGUCGAAAAAAAUACACGCAGCAAUCGCCAAGGCAAGAGUCAGCCCCAACAGUUCCCUCACCUUCGUCUUCUUCGGCAACUAAUCCUUGGCACGAGGAAAUACAGAAAAAGGAGUCAUCGACUCAAAUCCUUCAACACAACAGCAGCAGCAGUACGUCGUCGCAACGAAUCGUCAAUUCGUAUUCGGCACCGUCGCAGGGUCUCAACUCGUUUUCAUCUACGACGACAACUACUACGGCUCAAACGCCAAGGCUGCCUAGAGCACAAAAUCCCACCAUAACUUUGCUACAGAAAGCGCGAGAAGGACACAUACCCAAGGGAGCAGCUUAUCUCGACGAAGCUGAUCAUUCUGCUCCUUUAAAAGAAGAUAAGCCAUUGUUGAGUCCCGGUGAAGUCAAGUACACAUUCAAGAGCGGUUACGACAGUGAGCCUGAUUUGAGAAAUUCAUCGCCCAGGAGGAUCGUUCGAAAAACUCCGAGAAAGUACGAAGGUAUAGGUCCGACAACUGGCAGUGGCAUACCCAUCUGUAUAAGAUCCGAAGUAAAAGAACCAAACCAAGCUAAGUGGUACAAACGAAUGUACGAGUCGCUGCAUCGCGCUCCUAAGAAGGACGACUAUGUAACUAUUCGCUACAAACCACACCGAGGCACCCAGACUGGAUACAGUGGUACGUCAAGUGGCUAUCUGAGCGAACCCGAGCCCACGCGCAAUUACGACAGAUCAGCAACCCUCGACAAUCGUCGGCAGAGACAGCGCAAUAAGGAAAAUGAUUACUACAAUUCAACUCUACCCAGAGGUGCUGGCGGACGUGUGAACGGUCAUUACUCGCCCGAAACAUAUCACCUGCAGCCAGGCCGAAUAGAAGAUUACGUACCAGGAAAUUGUUCGAUUCAGGAGAAGGAAACCAAAGAGCCACCGUCGGCUGACAAUCUCAGUUGGGAGAAGCGCAAGUGGUGGGACGAGGUCAUGGACAUUUUUGACGGGUGGUUGGACGAAAAUGGACACGAAAUCCAGGCCAAUGCCACCACGAACGACAACAAUAGCGCAAGCAACGAGCAAAACAAUCGCCGUUCAAUCGAAGCGACGACGCUGACGACGACUGCUCCGAAAUUGCAACGGUCCUCGAGCGCUCGACCCGCCCUGCAAACGCAUCGUCUCUCGUCGCUCCAAAAUAACGUAAGCAGUAGUAGCGGUAUCAUCAGGUCCUCGUCAUCCUCUUCAUCGUCCUCCCGCUCAUUGCGCGUCACCGGCUCGAGCUUGAACAAUCAUCAUCAGAAGCGACGCUCGGUCGCGGGCAACGACGAGAACAUACGUCGCGAUCUCGAGCAGCAGCGGCUCCGUCAGACUCGCUUGCUCGAGAGCCUUUACGAAUUGACGAGCCGACCCCGGAGCGGAUCGGUCGGGGAUCGUAUCAUCAGGCCGCUGGACGAGUGGCCUUAUCAACAGCAGCAGCAGCAAAAACAGCAACAGCAGCGCCGACAGCUGCCCCAGAUACCGGCUCACCUGCAGCAGCAGUUGCAGCAGCAGCAGAUAGCGCUCCAGCAGCAAUUGUCGUCGUCGGCCUCGUCGUCGUCCUCCGUCACGAACUCAUCGUCCACGAACGGCACAUCAUCGGCUGCGGUAGCGCCACCCACUUCUUCUUCUUCUUCCGCCUCACGCCUGCCAUUCGAGCAGUCCAACUCGCACUCACCCAAGUCGUAUAUGACCCAUGCGUUGAAGGAGUCAGGCUACGAGAGUGACUCGACGCUCGUCUUCCGCAGACGCGAAGAUGUUAGUCCACUGAGUCCCAUCGAGCAGAGAAUAGCCUAUAAAACAGUUCAAAAAGGCGGUGACGUGCCUCUGCACGGCUUUCGCAAGCUUGCUCCCGAGCGUCCCAAAGACGAUACGGAGAUCGAAUACUACCCGAUCUCGUCAUCAUUAACGAGACUUCGCGGCAGUUGCAGCACAUCGCCGGCAUCGUCAACUUCGUCGAUGAGCGUCUCGCGCAUCCCAGUCAGUUCAAUGGCGUCGAGACGAGCCAUGAAAAAUCACGAGAGCCCAAUUCGCCGAAACACCUUUAUCACCGUCGCGAGCUCCACCAUUCACAAUAACAAUAAUAGUAGCGCAAAAAUACCCUCGCCGCCGAAGCGUAAAUCAUCGCGCAAUAAUCGCACGCUCAAACUCUAUUCUAGCUCGUCCACCGCGAAAACCUCUUCCGAUACUUUGCAAAUGUCCAACGUUCGUCUAUUGAGGGAGAAACUCAGAUCGAAUCUCGAUAAGGAAAAGGAAGACUUUCGCCCGAAAAUCAUCAGAACUUCGUCCUCGAGUCCAGUGCUGAUGACGAGACGCGCCAUCAACGACGUUUACGGCAACUUGAAAAAGAGAGGCUCGGCCCCUUGUCUGACCAAAGUCGGUGACUCGUACGUCAGUCGCAUGCGAUCGCGAAUUUGUGAUUCGGUCAGUCCUGUCAGCAGAUCGCCAAAGGUGCCGAUUCUGAGGAAAACCAGCGAGAUAAAAGCCUCGAUGGAGAAAUAUCCCUCUCGUAUAUCCUUGAGCGACUCGUCAAAAAGUACAAACAAAGUUUGUAACUACGCUUCCAAGACGAAAAUCUCAUCUUCGUCGUUGGCUUCGCCGAAAAAAGAAACAAAAGCUCGUGCGCUCAAGCGAGAUCAGGACGAGUCUUGUCGCCGGCUAAGUAGGUCAAAGCAAGAUUUGACGUCUUUGACAGAAUCUCGAAGAACAAUCCAUCGGCAAAAAGAAAAACAAAAGUACUCGAGCAAGACGCUGCCGACUGGGGCGUUACUCAGUAGUUCGCAGAGAACUUCGACUUUCGACGACGGUAAAAUGACCUGUGACAACAGAUUGGACGUGACGACGCUCUUGUACUCGCCGAGCAAAAAAUUAACGGAUUACAAGGAGUCGACAGUGUCUUCGAGACAAAAAAGUAUUUUGACGGGAAAUUCCAGCGAUUGCGAGAAAAAAAGGACAAGAAGUAAACCAGCGUCGAUGAAAAAAGUCGAACCAAGGAGAAGUUCGAUGAUCAAUCGAGCUGGUAAAAAUCUGGAACUAUCCAGUAAAACCUGUACGAAGAGUCGCAGUCGUCACGCUACGAAUAAAAUUGGGCAUCCAGAGAAAAUGAGGACUUGCGAGCGAGUCACCGUUUCAGAGAUAAUCACGCCGACUUUGACCGCCGAUCUUCUGAGACAACAUCAGGAGACCAUGUCCGACUCUUUCUUUCAACAUCUGUUUCUAAAAGAUGUGAAAAUUGAAACAACAGAACCUUGUCCCACUAGAAACUCAUCGGUACUGGACCGCGCGCGAAUGUUUCAAGAAGUAUCUUACAACGAUCAUUGCAAAUCCGAACCAUCUCUCAAAUCUUUAAACAUCUACUUGACUCACAAACGACCGGUUUCUAAUUCGCGCUUCCGAAAUUGGGAGCAGGAAAGCAUAUCUUCCCGAAGCUCCAGUCCUUGCAAUAGCCAUUCGAGAAUCAGCAAGUUUGAGAGCAUCACGAGAAUCGACGACGUUGACUACGUUAGAGACAGAAGCCCCAGUCCUACUCAUGAAUUGCCCAAGGAGAGAAGUCUCAGUGAACCCCCGAUUAAGUCAUUGAGGGGUAGUCCUGAUCCAGCGGCUCGUAGAUCUCCCUCCUUGUCACCGGUGAGGUCACCUUCCUGUAGGAGAAUACAAAACUAUCGUCAAAGUUACUUGGAGAGUGUGAGUAAUGGAUUGUCAAAAAAGUACAAAGCUAAAAGUGCCAGUGAUAUGGAUUCUAUCAAAAGUUUCAAGCAAACAUCAUUUGGUUCUAAUUUAUCUCUCACCAGAAGUACGAACUCAUUGAUGAAUUUCCCCACCGAUCGAGGAGAAUAUCAGAAAUACAUUCUAGAAAGACGCCACUCGAGGCAAAAAUCCAAGCGCUAUAAAGAUUUGUACGAUUUUUAUUCAAAUUUAGAAAAAAUGGGCAAACUAGAGCGAACAACGUCGUCCGGCGAACUUUUUGUCAACCAAAAAAAUGACGAGAUAAUCGAUUACGAGCUUUGGAAGCAAAUCAGAGCUAAAGAAAAAGCCAAACAAGAACUAAAAGAUGUGUACCGAAAACUGAGACAAGCCGAAAGAGAAAACGACUUUUUAUUUUCUACGAGGGACGUUAGUUCGCAAAAGUGGCGCGGCGACAGCAGUUUACGAUGCAAGGAAAGAUCCGUGGACAAUAUUCGAGAGCAAUUCAAAAAGUUGGAAAAAGAGCAGAGUGAAUUGGAGAUGUCAAGGCAGCGAGAAAUAGCCGCCAAGAAAGAUACUUACAAACCUCUGUGGCGCGGCAGCUCCGUGAUCAAUGUGGCCAACAGCUUGACCAGAAGAGCCGCGGAAAAAUCCGACCAACUGGAUAAAUCAUCGGUCCAGGCCUCCCUGCAACGCAGCCUCGGCGGGAGCAAUAAAUUCUGGAGCAGUUUAUCGCUCGAGCAAGUUACAGCAUUGAAAAAUCAAUUGAACGAUAUCUACGGUAACGAUCCGGUCGUGCCGAAAAAGACGCUCGCGCCGAAACGUCCCGAUCCCCCGGUAGCCUCUUACACCAAGCAAGUAACGAGAGAAUGCAUCGUGUCGGACAGCGAACAAUCCAGCUUCGCCAUUUCCGAAUUCGAAAUAAUCGUGCCGAAGAAGGAGGCCUCUUCGGGCGCGGAAAAAGAUUUGGGAUUACACGUGCGAUGCCACUCGAUGAUCGCUUCGGAAAGAUCGAGGCAAAGGGACAAUUCCGACGUGAUCAAGCGCAGCCGAUCGAUCGGCCACGUAACCAGUUUCGAACGGUCUCACUGCGAUUCGGUAGUUCAGUCGUCCGACAUGACCGAGAGAGAGAAGAAGAGAUUGUCGUUGACUCUUGGCAAGGAGAUGCUCGAAAAAGUCGCUCAGACCAAGACCGUGACCCCCCGCGAAACUAGAGGUGCUCUCGCGGCUGCUUCGGCCAAAUGCGUGCCACCGAAGACAAGCCCAGUUUGCAGCCAAGUUUAUAAAGAAAAAGACGAUUUUUUGUUGGUUCUCACGAUGGCCGACGAUGCUCCCGAUAAAAAAGAUAGGAUAGAAAAGAGAAUGACCGACUGGAGCGUCAAGGUGGAAAAAGAAGGCGCCGACCAGAUCGACAGUACGACCGAGAGCUCGGAUACUUCGGUCAAAACUGUGCUGCACCGCAGCAUCGAACUGGAUGACCUGCAAAAGAAAGUAGAAUUUUACGAAAAGAUCGAGGAGCAGAAAGUGACGGGCGGAAAAGACACGACAACGACGACGACGACGACGACGGGGCCGAGCAAAAUAUCGUCGGCUCAGAGUUUUACCGAUCUGAAAGAGCUGUUUGGCGAAAGCGCCGCGGCGAAAUAUCGAAGCAUACCGCUGCGCUCGGCCACGGGGCCCGCCAAAGCGGAACAAAUAAGCUGCAACGAUAGCGGCAGAGGAAGAAGCUCUUCCGCCUCGCCGGACGUGGUGGCGAGCACGCGACGAGCGGCCAAGCGCGACGAGCAGCAGCGGCCACGCAGCGCCAGUCCGCGAGCCUCGCCGCAGUACUACUGCUCGUCCUCGGAGAGCCUCGAGAGCCUCUGGCAGAGGUGCGGCUCGCCCGACCCCGAGAAAUACUGGCGCAGCUACCUCAAGCUGGUGCGCGACGGCACGGUCAGACGCUUGCGCGCCAAGUUCGAGAGCCUCGAGGACAUACCCCGUCUGCAGCAGAGGAGGCCUCGGCUGGCCCGCAGGUUUCAGAGCGAUCCCGAGCUAGCGAGAAAUCUCCUCGGCAAAGUUACCGACACCAAGAGGAACUACAUCAAGCCGCAGGAGAUACCGGACGUCGCCUGGCUGCGGAGAAAGUACGAGCUGCCCGCGCGCGCCAGGAAGCGCCGAGGCGGAGUCUCGCCCAUACCCCGAGUGCCCUGGAAGCUCGAGGACCUCACCAUGCCCCACAUCAACGUCAUCAGCAAGACGGCCGAGCUCUACGACUCGGUGGCGCGCAGCAAACCCAGUCCCAGCUUGGACUUGCACAGGGAGGAGGCGAGGGAGCUCGAGGCUCGCCGAGCCGUCAACCGAGUGCGCGAGAUGUUCGAGCGCAGCCUCAGCCCCGAGUCGACCAAAGCUACGUCGAUUCUCGGCGAGAUGUUCACCUCGGCGCCGGACGUGCACGAGCUGCGCGACGUCGCGCCCUAUUUGGCCGGCCAGUGGGUGGCUCAUCGGUACCCGAGCCGAUACGACAAUCCUCGCUCGCUCUCCUCUCCACCGGAUCUGUCGCGCAGCGACUCGUCCAAGAGAUCCAUCUCGCCACCGAGUCGUAAGAAGGCCGGCUCGAGAUCGUCCUCGACGUCUCCAGUGAGGCCCCGGACCCCCGUGUCGAUACUGAAGCAGUCGGCUCAGCAGCAACAGCAACAACAGCAGCGAGACGUCUUCGCCGAUCAGCCCUUCGACCCGAGCAAGCACCGGCCGAGAUUCAGGUAUCAGCCGUCGCCACCGCCGCCGAUUCAGCCGAUCAAAUACGUCAAGCCUGAUUAUUGCUGCCCCAAGUUAGCCGUCCACAGCGCACGGCCGAGCGUCGUCACUUUCGAAGGUCCGCGCGCCAAGUACACGAAUGCACCGCCACCACCACCGCCAAAAGCCCAACAUUCUAGCGGCGAACGCCAAGAAUCACCGAGGCGCUAUGUGGAGGGCGAGGUGACGAUUCAUUACCGCUCGCCAGUGCGCACCGAAGCUAAGGAGCCACUGAGCGAGGAGGAGCUCGCCAGGCGCAGCGCCGAGAAUAUGCGCCGAGUCUAUCAGGAAGAGCGAAGACGCAAAUAUCUUCAGGAGCUGCACGACAUCGAUUCGCGACGCCACACCGACAAUUUCAUUAGCAAAACACCCUCAGAAACGUCGUCUCGUUAUUUGGAUAUCACUUUUGAUCAUAGCUAUAGACCAUCGCAAAAGUCACCUAUACCUCUGAAUCGAUACGACGACUUCGUGGACGAUCUGAGCUAUCGCAGCAGAUCGCAAGAGCAGACGCCUGAGCCUCGCCUAGUGGCACGCGCACUCUACAACUUCAUCGGUCAGUCGCCCCGCGAGCUGACGUUCCGCCGCGGUGAUUUUAUCUACGUCAGGCGUCAGGUCGACAAAAAUUGGUACGAGGGCGAGCACAAUGCCAUGGUUGGACUCUUUCCCUUCAAUUACGUCGAGAUCGUUCCUUUCGAUGAAAUCCGAACUACAACGUUGCCGAAAAAAUCGUACGAAAAACCUUCGUAUGAGGGACAGGCACGAGCCAAAUUUAAUUUCGUUGCCCAAACUAAUCUUGAAUUAUCAUUAACCAAAGGUGAACUGGUCUACUUGCUGCGGAGGGUAGAUGAAAAUUGGUACGAAGGUCGUCUUGGACCUCAUGGACGCAAAGGAAUAUUCCCCGUGUCAUACGUAGAUGUCAUUUGUGAACCUGGCCAAAGACCUGAAACGCCCAUCCAAGGAAAACCCGUGGCUUCUCCAGCUGCUCAUAGUCUCCUGUCCAAUGGCUCAUCCGGUGGUAAGCUCAGUAUGGGACCUCAUCAUUAUACGCCUUCGUUACCAGUUAAUAUUAACGCAACGCAGCCCCACUAUAAUUCACUGCCCCGAGGAGGUACAAAAGUCAACGUAGAGUCACUGAACGAGGCCCUCCACAUCGACACGCACUCCGAACCCAUUCCGUACCGUGCCCUCUACAACUAUCGUCCUCAAAACGCCGACGAGCUCGAGCUGAACGAGGGUGACACCGUGUUCGUAAUGGAGAAGUGCGACGACGGCUGGUACGUCGGCUCGUCGCAGCGCACCGGCUUCUUCGGCACCUUCCCGGGCAACUACGUGGAGCGCUUGUGAGGCUGGGCCCCCGGGAGCCGCGAGCUCUAGCAGCGGGCCCACAUACUGCAGCCACCGCCGGUCGUCGUCGUCGAGCAGCAGCCGCCCCCGAGGCGACGCAGAUCGCGCCUCAUCGAGCGCAUACUCUCGGCUAUAGCGCCCGGCACGGCCAGCUGCACCCGCCCGGCCAAUUAUCGCACCUGAAUUACUCGGGCCGACCACAUCUUUCUGCAUUAUAUAUAAAUAAUUUAUUAUUUAACCUUCUCUAUCCAAAGAUUACAUUUGCACGCGACUUUCUGAUAUUGUACAUUUAUAGAAGUAGAGAUGAAAUUACCGCGAGCAGUGUCUUUCGUUGCUCCAUACUUUUGAGCUCUGCUCCAUGCAAUAAGACAAUUAAGCGCCAUAUCAAAUUAUAAUGAAAAUAAACGUUUGUAAAUAUCGUUAUAAAAGAAUCAAAGCUAUUAUAUACUACUGUCUUCCUGCAGCUUUACAAAAUAACGAGAACCUAUCGCUACGUGAAAAAUAAUUGUAUACAACGCGUUUUGCCAGUUUUAUCUCAUUAUCACUGAGUCGCACGAUACGUAAAUUAAUGACAAAGUAAAAUAGCUCGAAUAAGAAUAUUAUCAAACAAACACGCUUUAGAGACUCAUGAAAACAAAAGCUAAUAUAGUAAGCUAAUGUAAUGCCGCAUCUACCAAAAAUAAAAAAAAAAGAGUAUGAAAUAUUUAGAUGUUACUCGAAUUUAUCGAUUCAUCAGUGUAAGUUUAACUUGUAAGUAGUGUAUGAUAACGUAAUUAAAAGUCAUUCGUAUAGUUAUACCCACUGACACCCCAUAGACAAAUACUUAUUGUUAUGAUAUAAAAAAAUCACAAGGCUUCGUACGUUUGGAUUAUAUAUUAUGAAGGUGGAAAAACAUACUCAUCUGAUUGACAAUAUAUACACAAAUUUUCUAUACAAUUGCGAAAUUUCUUUUUUACCGUAAAUUUUAACAUUUACACUAUUUGCUAA